AACCACCUCAAAUUCAGGGGGGAGGUUACCUCCUUUCUUCCCCAUGCGCACUCCCGACAUCAUCUCCCGGAGAAUUUAGCCUCCCACGAGUUCUGAUAGGGCGACCAACGCAGAUGAACCACCUGGACACAAGCCCGAUGCAGCCCGAUGCAGCCCGAUGUGCUAUUAUUUCGGAAAAAAAAAAACAAGGUAAAUCAACGUCAACCACCAAUAAAUUACAAACCUGGAAAGCAGACAUCUGAAAGAGCCUACUCAAUAGGGAAGGGGUCCAUCGCCCGAACCGGCCCAGCAGGCGGCAUCUGGCAGCAUCCGCAGCCCCGUGUGGCCAACAGGGAGCUGCCAUCGUCCGAUCUCCCUGCACUUUCGAUCUGCACACUCGGCACUCCAUCGACAAAGAUCGGGCAAUUCCCAUCGCACAAAGACGCACCGCACCCGACCUAUCCAAUCUCCGAGGUCCCGCCUGCCGAUGAGGCGCAGGGUCGUGCGACCAUCGGCCAGCAGGCAACCGGGCACGCAGAUUGCAGAUUGCAGACUGCAGGCUGCAGGCACCAGGCACCUGGCACCUGGCACCUGGCACCUGGCACCUGGCAAAUGAGUGGAGUUCAGGGUCCUCGCUAAGGAUUAGGCAGGCGGCGGCUACGUGCUGCUAUAAUCUUCGGUCCCGUCAUGGCACCGGGAUCAGCCGCCAAACGGAACCACAGGACCGGGUCCAUCGACCCAGCUGUGCUUGACAUUUUCCCCAUCGGGGAAACCGUUGACCAUCGGAGCAGAAAGGAGGAUAU